CCUCCGGGGAUAAGCGCUGCAUCCCCCUGAGAGUGGGGAUCUGGGAGCUUAUCUUCAAUCCGCCGCGGUCAGCGCGAAGAUAUUAUUUAGAUCAUAGGAGCUCUGGUUAACAAGAACUCUUUGGAAGGAGUGCUCUUAUAGAAAACUCUCAAUAUACAACAAAAAAAAUAAUAGUGUCUUCGCAUAGGCGCUGUAGGAAUCGGAAAAAACUACGUAACUAAACCAGUAUCUCUGACUAAAUACGACGGACGCGGCACUGCAAAUGCGGGGAAGGUGUCUUAUCAGGAAAUUGGGGCGUUGUAUCCUAUCGCCCGACUCUCUAAGCACGCGAUGAAACUACCCGAAGAGAGUCUUUUUGUCGCUGUUCUUACAGAGAAUCACUUUCAGAUCCAAGUUCGAGUUGUUACCCGCAAACGAAAUAUAUCGAAAGCCAGAACCUUUGAUUAGGAAACGGCACAAUGACGGGCAAUGCCGAAUAUGAGGUCUUCAAGCUAGGAGACUGGGACCUGCAGAGCGGUGAAAAGAUCGAAGCCGCUCAUAUCGCUUACAAGACCUUUGGAGACCCAAAGAAUCCUGCGAUUGUGUAUCCGACGUGGUUCUCCGGAUCUAUCUCCGAUAAUAUCUGGUUGAUAGGAGAGGAUAAGACUUUGAAUCCGACUAAGUAUUUCAUUAUCAUACCGGCACUGUUCGGGAACGGUCAAUCGUCUUCUCCGUCAAAUCACCCUACGGCUAAGCCGUUUCCGAGGUGUUCUUUCUACGAUAACGUCCGGGCUCAGUAUGAGCUCGUGACGAAGCACCUAGGAAUUAAGCACCUGCGUGCAGUUGUCGGUUGGUCGAUGGGAGCCGCGCAGAGUUUCCAAUGGGCGACGCAGUAUCCUGAUUUCAUGGAUCUGGUGGUACCAUUCUGCGGCUCCGCGAGGACUUCUUUGCAUAAUCAAGUCUUCCUGGAAGGUGUUAAGAGCGCUCUUCUCGCGGCGAAAAAGAUCCCUUCUGCAGGUUCGGGGGAGGGCGCUGUAGUUGUUGAUGGGGUUGCGUAUAGGGAGUGGACACCCGAGGAGAAAGACAUUGGGCUCAAGGCCUUUGGAAGAGGAUAUGCUGGAUGGGGAUUCAGUCAAGCUUUCUACAGAGAGAAAGUAUAUGAAAACGUUCUUGGAUACAAGUCGCUUGAGGAUUUCAUGGUCAACUUCUGGGAGAAGUGGGCUUGCUCGAAAGAUCCUGAUAACUUGCUGGUGAUGCUCCAAACUUGGCAGAAUGGCGAUGUCUCGAAACAGGAGCCGUAUAAUGGAGAUUUUGAGAAAGCUCUGGCUUCAAUCAAAGCAAAGACCUUAGUUCUUCCAGGGAAGACAGAUCUGUAUUUCCCGCCUGAAGAUUCCGAGUAUGAGGUUCAAUGCAUGAAAGACGGGAUAGGCCAGCUAGACGUCUUUCCGUCGAUAUGGGGUCACUGGGCGGGAGGGCCUGGAGAUAGCAAAGAUGACGUUAAAUGGCUCGAUGAGAAAUUGGCCAAGUUCUUUGAAUGCUGAAGCUGUCUGAAGUCGCCGGAUAGGCAGGGUUACAGGGUAGUCAGAGCAGAGGAACGCGAACAUGAAACUCCAUCACUCAAUCAGUUGCACUGUAUAGCGUUUCAUGUCUCCUAAAAUAAGGACUCGUUCUUCACUUUUUGUCCAGUAACUGGGUUGUGAUAAGCGCCCGGAGUAGUAGUGUUGGUCACCCUCAGGGC